AACUCCUUCGUCCCGCAUCCACACAUUCAUACUUACACAUACUUAGAGUUAGAUUGCUGAAGAUAGUUUUUUUUCUCAUUUAACGGAACAAGAUGGCGCAGUUUAAGGCGAUUCCGAUCAUGGCGCCGCAUACUUAUGCGACAAAUAUGGGUCCAGGGUCUGAGCAUGGUGGUCCAUAUUACCCUAACGGCAACCAAUACCAUCAACCUGAUUUGUUGGCGAAACAGGUACAAGAAGUUAUCUUCUGUUUUUUAGCAUUUAGUCUGUCACCGGACGGGUCGUGGUGGAGGACGCAAUUUAUUAGAGAAGACGAUAUAGCUGCGCGAGACUAGAACUAGAAAUAGAGUCGCUCCUCGUGGGAAGAUGAUUCUAGCGUUAGCGACAAGCGUUAGCGACAAUUCAAUUGUUCCAAUCGAGGCUUUUGUUGGUGAUUCCUCCACCAAACUAUAACCUAAAAAUCACCAGCUCCACCGCGAAGCUUCUCUUGGUCGCGACACUGUAACUUACCAUUUGCCUACUGACAAAAGAUUGAAAGAUGCAGAUCCGAAGUCAGGUCUCAGAGACCAGUGUACCAUGUACACUUACGGCCAGCCGGAUUCGCAUCGUAGUUGCGUCACCAGCUUCAACAAAGACGGACUGAGCAUGAACUCUUUUUAAGGCUAAAUACAAGAAGUAAAUCCAUCUUCCCCAGCAUCAAUCUUGGUCGCUUUUUUGAGUAAGAAAUCGGAAACAUCAAAGUGGGCGCCAAGAUGAAUCCGAAGAUGGAUUUCUCUUCGUUCUAAUCCUUAUCCCAUUACAACAAGAUUGGAGCUAAGCACAUGCAAGACCAGAACCGAAGCAGUCCGAUCCAUGCCUACUUUAACGAAGCCAGACGUAAAGUGCCAGACAUCAACACCAAAGUGUGGGAUUGCGGAAUCAUCUCUCCCAACAAGGCAAGCUCAGAGGCGAUUGGAAAUUGGUCGCCGUUGUGGUACAACGAUCUUAUUUUAAAAGAGUUUUAUAUUAGGACUAAAUUAUAAAAGGUACAAUCAUCUUCUUCUUCAUCAGCAUCUUCAGCAUCUGAAUUAUUUGGAUGUAGUACAGUUGUGAGAGUGGUUUGUGGCGUGCAGAUGAUGCUAUUGGUAUUGCUAAUUCUUGUGGUUGUGGCUUCUUCAUUCAAAAACAGUAGCUUCAUCACAAAUAAUGAAUACGAUCUCUACAACAGGUACCGAGGCGUGAACGAGUUGAACGUGUAUGGCAAAUAUAGAGAUGCCACGAUGGAAAAAUUAGGCAUGGAGUAUGAGAACCCAGUGAAGUACGGCAACAUCAAUGGAGAAUAUAUGCCUGCAGUCAAGAAGGUCAAUGAUUCUGCUAGAUCGACUGCUUGGUCAGAGAAUCACAAGUACGCAACGGUCUACCCCUUUUCACAGGAGAACAUCUCGAUCCCUUACUUAUGGCUCCUUGCGAAUACUCUAAUUCAUUUUCAUCUUCCUAAGAGUAAGAAAGCAUGAUCUGUGAAAAGUGUGAUGAUCCUUUCUCAUCUUGCUUCUAUUAAGAAUGUUGAGAAAUAAGCACAUUCUGGACUUAGAGAUGAUUUCAAUUUUUCUACUACCUGGUGAAGAUCAUCAUGAACUUAAAUUAUUGGAGUACUGUACUACUUGUUCUUCUAGGAGGUCUAACUUCUGCAGGGUUGCAAAGUGGACAAGAUUCGGAUGCCAAACUGCUAGACCGUCGUGAAAGCCUGACCAGUUCCAAAAACGCGCAUGCUGCAAAUAACGUGGUCAAACGCGAGAUCAUGAAGCGUAGCGUCAGUCAUGAUGAUUUCCGGAAUCAGAUCAUUCUAGCUGAUGCGGUCACUGGCAGAAUGCAAAGAGGGGGUGGACAGUCAUCUACAAGCGUGAGUCCGAAGAACCGCAGUCCUUCAAGUGGUAUGAAAAACCGCAGUCCCUCGAACAAAAUGCUCAACAAGGCUGCUGGUCGAUACGACAAUGACCAAGGAUAUCACGGUUCCUACGGCAUGCCGCCACUAGAUCACGUGUCAGUCAAAGGGAUGCACGACGUUGUCACUAGUGUGGACAUGCAGAAUGCAAGCCCCCACAUGAAGAGCUACCUCAGUUAAGGCGCAAUAUAAUUAUAUUUCAUUUCUGCAACGACUCAUUUAAUAUUUUUUUGAGAUGCAAUGAUCAUGAUCAUUUCUUACAGUAUUCUUCUUGGGAUUCCGAAGAAACGUAGGGUAGAAGUGAAUUGUUUGGAGCUCUAACUCAGUCGUCGCAGCAUGAGUGCCAGUCCUCCGCGUCGGAGUGGUUUUCAGCAAGUGGGCCCAGCGGCCUCGAGACGCACGAUCUACGCUGGCGCAGGGAGCAGUCCAAUGAACAUCUUGCAGCCAGCUCCGGUCGUGCACAUCAAAACCGGGCAUGAGCUUGCAUCCCCCAUCAUGGAUCCCUCUCUACCGAGUGCGAAUUUGUUGAGAAGCAGCUACAGUGGAGCCAACACGUUUUCGGGCACAGCGACGUAUGGAAGCCCAACGCGAGGAGCGACGGACAAUGGGGCUAGAGGAUCGAACAAUCUGAAUUUCCAGUUUGGGUCCAUAGAUGCGUCAGCACGGCGAAACAGUAACACGAUGUCUGCAAGAGGACACAGUAAAGGACAGUUGUACUAAAAGAAAGAGGAGCACUUCUUCAUACAUUGGACGAUGAUGAGAGUACCAAUUAUACCAAGAUUCGCAUAUAUAUUCCAUGUUCUUGAUCCAUUACAAUUUCCAAAAAUACGAUUAACUUCAUCAUAGCAGUUUGGAUAUCUAAUGAUUUGAUGGGAGGUGGCACUGUAUAUUCAUUUCAAAUUUAUUCAACAUGUACAAAAACCUUGGGGUAGUUACCAUCAUGUCUUCUAAAGCACGACGACAAGAACGAUUAAGAUUAACGGACUUCAUUAUGCAUAGCCAUAGGGACCUGUUGUUGUAGAUACAAAUACUAACCUCUGUACUUGUAUUUUGAGAUUUGGGAAAUGUCAGAUAAGUAGAUAUUAAAGGGCUCUUGUACAUACUUACACAAAUAACGGGAUGAAGAAAAAAAGGUCGUACAAAAUUCGCAAUCGAAUUCCCCCUGCUCGACUCGUCCUUGCUUGUGGAAGAGUGGCCCUUGUGUUUGUGCGACACUGGUUGCAAUAGUGUUGAUGGCGUUCUUCUUCAUUCGUGUAUCGGUAUUUGAAUUUACUUCAUCGUCGAAAAAGGUGAUGAAUCCAUGCAUGGCGAUGGCGAUUUCGAUCGACCGUUCUUUUCUGGUACUAGGCCAUUCAAAGUCAAGCAGUCCCUCCAGAAGAGGAAGAGAUGAACGCUGUUGCAGAAGUACAUG